CGUCUGCUUUAAUCCCAGCUAGGGUUUAUACCGCACUCGAAUUAUCGCAACUUUGACGCAUUUUCAGGGGUUUACAACAAGUCCGGGAAAACCCCAUCUCUUCACCUUCGUCUUCGUGACGAAGUUCUUCUGAAACCUUUCAGAACCUCCAUUUCUCUCCACAUUUUUCCCGGGGAAGUAGAGUUCAGCCACUCACAGUUUGUGCUAUCUUGUGUUCGAGCUAUGUACCUUUACAGCCUCACUUUGCAACGAGCUACCGGGAUUGUCUCUGCUAUAAAUGGAAAUUUCUCCGGUGGGAAGACGCAGGAGAUAGUCGUGGCCAGAGGGAAGGUCCUGGAUCUUAUUCGUCCCGAUGAUAGUGGUAAGAUCCAAACUCUUCUUUCGGUUGAAAUCUUUGGUGCGAUUCGGUCUUUAGCUCAAUUCAGGCUUACUGGGUCUCAGAAAGAUUAUAUCGUUGUUGGGUCCGAUUCGGGUCGGAUUGUUAUUCUCGAGUAUAAUAAGGAUAAAAAUGUGUUUGACAAGAUACACCAGGAGACUUUUGGGAAGUCUGGUUGUCGCCGGAUAGUUCCGGGCCAGUAUUUGGCUAUUGAUCCCAAAGGAAGGGCUGUUAUGAUUGGGGCUUGUGAGAAGCAGAAGCUUGUUUACGUGUUGAACAGGGACACGGCAGCGAGGCUAACUAUUUCGUCGCCGCUUGAGGCUCACAAAUCACAUACGAUUGUCUAUUCAAUUUGUGGAGUUGAUUGUGGAUUUGACAAUCCUAUAUUUGCUGCAAUUGAGUUGGAUUACUCGGAGGCAGAUCAGGAUUCUACUGGGUUGGCGGCAACCGAGGCCCAGAAGAAUUUGACCUUUUAUGAACUUGAUCUUGGUCUCAAUCAUGUCUCUAGGAAGUGGUCGGAACCUGUUGAUAAUGGUGCUAAUAUGCUUGUUACUGUUCCGGGGGGUGGGGAUGGCCCCAGUGGAGUGUUGGUUUGUGCUGAAAACUUUGUCAUUUAUAAGAAUCAGGGGCAUCCGGAUGUGAGAGCUGUGAUUCCUAGGCGUGUGGAUUUACCUGCUGAACGUGGUGUGCUUAUAGUUUCAGCAGCUAUGCAUAAGCAAAAGACGAUGUUUUUCUUUCUUUUACAGACAGAAUAUGGAGAUAUUUUUAAGGUUACUUUGGAACAUAACAAUGACAGCGUCAAAGAACUGAAGAUCAAGUAUUUUGAUACAAUUCCAGUUACAUCUUCAAUGUGUGUAUUGAAAUCAGGAUUUCUAUUUGCUGCUUCAGAAUUUGGAAAUCACUCACUAUACCAGUUCCAAGCUAUAGGGGAAGAUGCUGACGUUGAGUCUUCCUCGGCUACUCUGAUGGAAACUGAAGAAGGUUUUCAGCCCGUCUUUUUCCAGCCUAGGAGGCUUAAGAACCUUGUUAGGAUUGAUCAAGUUGAGAGCUUAAUGCCUAUAAUGGACAUGAAAGUCAUAAAUCUUUUUGAGGAAGAAACACCACAGAUAUUUACUCUCUGUGGGCGUGGUCCUCGAUCAUCUCUGCGAAUAUUGAGACCUGGUUUGGCCAUCAGUGAAAUGGCUGUGUCAGAACUUCCUGGUGUUCCUAGUGCUGUUUGGACUGUGAAAAAGAACAUCAAUGAUGAGUUUGACGCAUACAUUGUUGUGUCAUUUGCCAAUGCAACGCUUGUUCUUUCUAUUGGUGAGACAGUUGAAGAAGUUAGUGAUAGUGGGUUUCUUGACACUACACCUUCCCUUUCUGUUUCUUUGAUAGGUGAUGAUUCACUUAUGCAAGUCCAUCCAAAUGGCAUUAGGCAUAUUAGGGAAGAUGGGCGUAUUAAUGAGUGGAGAACUCCUGGUAAAAGGACCAUUGUUAAGGUUGGUUCUAAUAGGCUUCAAGUGGUGAUUGCCUUGAGUGGGGGAGAACUUAUUUAUUUCGAGGUGGACAUGACUGGUCAGCUAAUGGAGGUGGAGAAGCAUGAAAUGUCUGGAGAUGUGGCUUGCUUGGACAUUGCCCCAGUACCUGAAGGGAGACAACGUUCCCGUUUCCUAGCAGUUGGUUCUUAUGACAACACUAUACGAAUUCUAUCAUUGGAUCCUGAUGACUGUAUGCAGAUUUUAAGUGUGCAGAGUGUUUCUUCAGCUCCAGAAUCUCUCCUAUUUCUUGAAGUUCUGGCAUCAGUAGGUGGGGAGGAUGGUGCAGAUCAUCCUGCUAGCCUUUUCCUAAAUGCUGCAUUGCACUCUGGGGUUUUGUUCAGAACAGUAGUGGAUAUGGUGACAGGUCAACUUUCUGAUUCUCGAUCCCGGUUCUUAGGAUUAAGAGCACCCAAACUAUUUUCUGUAAUUUUGAGGGGGAGGCGUGCAAUUCUUUGCCUCUCAAGUAGACCUUGGCUUGGUUAUAUUCAUCAAGGGCAUUUUCUAUUGACACCACUAUCAUAUGAAACUCUUGAAUAUGCAAGCUCAUUUUCAUCGGAUCAGUGUGCGGAAGGUGUUGUUGCUGUAGCUGGAAAUUUCUUGAGGGUUUUUACCAUUGAGAGAUUGGGAGAAACAUUAAAUGAAACAGUUAUUCCACUUAGGUACACUCCAAGGAAGUUUGUGCUUCAACCUAGGAGAAAACUACUGGUUGUUAUCGAGAGUGAUCAAGGAGCAUUCACAGCAGAAGAGCGAGAAGCCGCUAGAAAGGAGUGCUUUGAGGCUGCAGGGGCUGGGGAAAAUGGCGCAAUGGAGCAAAUGGAGAAUGGUGGAGAUGAUGAGGAUAAGGAUGAUCCUUUAUCUGAUGAGCAUUACGGUUACCCGAAGUCAGAGGCUGAAAAAUGGGUUUCUUGCAUCCGAGUUCUUGACCCUAGGUCAGCCACUACAACUUGUCUGCUGGAGCUUCAGGACAAUGAAGCUGCAUUCAGUGUUUGCACUGUGAAUUUCCACGACAAGGAAUAUGGAACCCUUUUAGCUGUUGGUACUGCUAAGGGGCUGCAGUUUUUCCCCAAAAGGAGUUUAAUUGCUGGAUAUAUUCAUAUUUAUCGUUUUCUAGAGGACGGAAAAUCCCUUGAGCUUUUGCACAAGACACAAGUUGAAGGUGUUCCUCUCGCUUUAGCUCAGUUCCAGGGGAGAUUACUUGCGGGAAUAGGAUCUGUUCUCAGACUGUAUGAUUUGGGUAAAAGAAGAUUGCUUCGAAAAUGUGAAAAUAAGUUGUUCCCGAAUACAAUUGUGUCUAUUCAGACAUAUCGUGAUCGGAUUUAUGUUGGUGACAUUCAGGAGUCAUUCCAUUAUUGCAAGUAUAGACGGGAUGAGAAUCAACUAUACAUAUUUGCUGAUGAUUCUGUUCCUAGAUGGCUUACAGCAUCAUAUCAUGUAGAUUUUGACACAAUGGCAGGUGCUGACAAGUUUGGAAAUAUCUAUUUUGUGCGGCUACCACAAGAUGUCUCAGAUGAGAUUGAAGAAGAUCCAACAGGUGGAAAGAUAAAAUGGGAGCAGGGGAAGCUUAAUGGGGCUCCUAACAAAGUUGAGGAGAUCAUACAGUUUCAUAUCGGUGAUGUGGUCACAUCAUUGCAAAAGGCAUCCUUGAUUCCAGGAGGUGGAGAAUGCAUUUUGUACGGUACAGUGAUGGGAAGCUUGGGAGCAUUGCAUGCUUUCACCUCCCGUGAUGAUGUUGAUUUCUUUUCUCACUUGGAGAUGCACAUGAGACAGGAACAUCCACCUUUGUGUGGAAGAGAUCAUAUGGGUUAUAGAUCAGCUUAUUUUCCUGUUAAGGAUGUGAUUGAUGGGGAUCUGUGUGAGCAGUUCCCGACCCUUCCCCUAGAUAUGCAGAGAAAGAUUGCAGACGAAUUGGAUCGAACUCCCGGUGAGAUACUGAAGAAACUUGAAGAAGUACGAAAUAAGAUUAUUUGAGGGACUAAUUGCCAAAGAUCAGAGUUGCAGCAGCUAGCUUUAGAUGGGGUUUUAAUGGCUUUGAAGCUGACAUUAGUGAAGUGACUAAACUACCCUUGUACUUGCCACUCUUUGAGGGGCAGAUGAUGGAAAUGACCGUCUUGAUUUGAGAAAUUGGAGGUUUGACAGAGUGGAACGGAUACUGGUAUUUGAGAUAUGUUCUUCAGUGUACUUAAUCAAGGAAGUGGGCGUUUUUUUGGUUAUUUUUUUUUUCAUUUCAACAGAAAACAGACACUUUGAUUAAGAUCAAGCAAGUGGGGUUCUUGCAAAAUGUAGAAUGUAAUGCCUUAGAAUGUAGUUGUUUAUAAAUUUAGCUUUAAUUGUAAUUGAUGUUGUUGAGUUGAUGUUACACUUGCCCUUCCUUUCUCUAGGGUUCUGCCUGAAAAUGUGAAAUCCUUUGAAAUUUGAGUAUUC